AUGGCGUUAUGCUGGUGUGCUCGUAAUUCGUUGAAUCUAUGGCUCCAAAAUGUGACAAAAGGGUUCAAGGAAGAACUGGGAAGGCAUUCAUUCGGCAUUGUUUACAAAGGCUCAGUGAAAUAUGGUUCUAACACUCAAGUUGCAGUCAAGAAGUUGGACAAGUUGUCACAAGGAUGAGAUAGGGAAUUCAAAGCCGAACUGAAUGAGAUUGGGAGAACCCAUCACAAGAAUCUGGUCCAAUUGCUGGGCUGUUGUUAUGAGGGGACACACAGGCUUCUAGUGUAUAAGUUCAUGAGCAAUGGCAGUUUGGCGGAUUUCCUCUUUGGCAUCCCAAGACCUGAUUGGUAUCAUAGGGUCCAACUAGCUCUAGGGAUUGCCAGAGGACUGGUAUACUUACAUGAAGAUUGCAGUACCCCAAUAAUCCAUUGUGACAUAAAGCCUCAAAACAUACUCAUCGACGAAUUGUUCAGACCACAAAUUUUUGACUUUGGAUUGGCAACCCUCGUGCUCAAUCAAACUUGAACUCAUAGAGGGAUAAGAGGGACUCGAGGAUAUGUGGCUCCAGAGUGGUUCAGAAAUGUACUUGUGACAACUUAAGUGGAUGUACGUAGCUUCGGUGCAUGUUGCUCAAGAUAA